UGUAACACCCAAAGCUCUAGCGUUUCCGGCCAGCUCAGCGCAUCAUCCCUGUUGUGUUGUCACUUUACAGCCUGUCAAACUUUGGUCCCAGGUACCUGUCUGUGAGGUUCAGAGGGCGGCGGAGAAACACCCGGACACUGCGUAGAGAUGGUGCUGCUGACGAUGAUCGCUCGGCUGGCUGACGGCCUGCCGUUAGCUGCUUCAAUGCAGGAGGACGAGCAGUUGGGUCGGGACCUUCAGCAGUAUCAGAGUCAAGCAAAGCAGCUCUUCAGGAAACUUAACGAUCAGAGUCCAACACGCUGCACUUUAGAGGCUGGAUCCAUGGCAUUUCACUAUUUUAUAGAGAAUGGAGUGUGCUACCUCGUGCUGUGUGAAGCCAGCUUUCCUAAGAAGCUUGCCUUUGCUUACCUAGAAGACCUGCAGGCGGAGUUUCAUGAGCAGCAUGGAAAGAAGGUCCCCACGGUGUCCAGACCUUACUCCUUCAUUGAGUUUGACACAUACAUCCAAAAAACCAAGAAAUCAUACAUCGAUAGCCGAGCUAGGAGGAAUCUAGGUAGCAUCAACACAGAGCUUCAGGACGUCCAGAGGAUCAUGGUGGCAAACAUAGAGGAGGUGCUGCAGAGAGGAGAGGCUCUCUCUGCGCUCGACUCCAAGGCCAGCAACUUGUCCAGCCUGUCGAAGAAGUACCGCAGUGAUGCCAAGUAUCUCAACACCCGUUCUACCUAUGCCAAGCUGGCAGCCGGCGGUGUCUUUUUCAUCAUGCUCAUUGUCUACGUCCGUUUCUGGUGGCUCUGAAAGUUAAGAAGAAAAGAAAAAGGAAGAGGGAGGUAUCGAAGUGAAAAAGGAGUCUGCAGACACUAAAAAAGCUGCCACCUUCAAGUAAAAAAAAAAACAGGAUCCCUGCUCUUAACAAGACUGUGCAGACCGCCCAUUUUGUCCUUGCCUGUCCAUGGAUGUGUGAUCUAUAUAUAAAUUUUGUCAUAAUACAUAGUUUUAUUUUUAACAAUGAAACAGAAAUGCGGUAAUAGUUGGACAAAGGUUAGAUAAAGAAAAAAUGUUUGUGAGAUUGCGUGUGUGUGUGUGAGGAUUGCUUUCUUUUUUCUUUCUUUUUCUUUGUGAGGUUGAUCGCUGAAGUUUGGUUUUGAAGUUUGGAGGCAAAAUGAAGAGAAAAAUUUCAGUUUUUGUGAAUUUCAAAAGCUGCACUGUACUGUAACCGGACUGAGUUCAUCUUUGUCUUAUAAUACAUGAAAGAGACAAAAACAUAACUUAAUUUUUUCGUAGCACAUCUGCAGGUAUCAAAUAUGAACAUCAUCAUCACAGCAGGGAGGGCUUUGAGGGCCUGGAUUAAAUCAACUGUACAUACAAGAGUGAGAAGUACAGGUUAACAGACUCGGCAACCAAAUAGGGCAUGUUAAAGAGAUCUUUUUAUGUUAUAUGUUAGCCUUAAAAUGAUAUUUCAACUGUGGUGGGGAAGGAGGAAGGGGGUGGGAUUUUUUUUUUUCUGAAACUUCUUUGGGAUACCUUGGGAGGGCGAUCCUCAUUUAGUUCACUCAAAAUGUAGAUUUAAGCCCAUGCCUAAGUAAGAUUUUUUUUAAAGGGUGAUCACAAAACUCAACUUCAGCUUGCACAGUGAAAAGUAAAGUUGUUCUGCAGAGGGCAGAAGUCCUGGCACUGUUUUGUUUCCCUGUCAUGUUUCAAGAGCUUGUAAAUUGAUGCUUCAAAUUGAGAGGCAAUUAUUUUUAUGUUUAUUAGGGAUGCACACUCGACUUCAGUAUAAAACAUUUCACAAUAUUGGUUUCACAAUUCAAUUUUAUCACUUUUUAAUUGUUUUCAAAAUUUUACAAAUACUUUAGUCAGUUUAUUGAUAAUAAUAAUAUGAUUUAUUUAGCUCGCUGACAGUAAAAAUGCUUAAUAUCUCUUUUCCUUGUUUUUCUUUAUGAAUGUGGGCAAUACUUGUCAUUUUUUUAAAGAUUUCUGAUAAAAACAUUUUUUUCCUUUUCAAAGGGACAUUAUUGACUUCAGACAGAAGAGGCCAAGAGCCAAUAGCACCCUCUACUGGUUAAAAAAAGUACCACACUUUUGACUUUUGCAAUUCGAAAUUUUAAGGGGUUUAUUUUCUAAUGGAAAAGACAAAUAAGAUAAAGGUGAUAAAUGGGACAGCCUUGCUUUUUUUGAAGCUUCGCCUCCUCUAUCAGGUCCAAUAAUCCUCAAGCAGUCCUAGUGUAUCCUCCCUAUUUUGCUCUUUUUCAUUGUAUCUCAGUGAAUCAGCACCUUCCUGUUACCAUCAUUGCAAAGAUAAAAAUGUCUGGUUUGAUCCUUUAAUUUUGUACAAAGUUAACAUGUGUAGACCCACUUUAAACUUUCAUUCAGGCUGAGAGUAACAUGUAUAUUACAAGCAGCCAAUGUCUUCAAAAGGAUUUCUGUUCUGUCUGCCAUCUAUGAAUAAAAUCAUUUGCACAAA